AUUAUUAAAGGUUGUUCCUUUUGGUUUCACUAGCAUCUGCUACAGUAUAAUAUACAUUGGUGAUUAUAUACGGCGAAUUAAGGCCGUUAAGAAAUGUACGAUACAGCAGGCACCAUGCUAUCGAUAUACAUUUCCUGGCAAGGGCUACAGUGUUGAUACAAGAUGGAAUGAGCGAUUGUCAGAUUGUAUGAGCAAUAUAUCUGCCAGCGUUGAUGGAGAUCUAAUACGAUAAGCCCAGUACGAAUAAACCGGAUGUAUACAGACACACAUACCUCUAUAUUCUUGUAGAAACAGUGUUGUGAAAAUCACUUCUAUGAAUGGUGAAAGCUUCAGAAAGACGGACUGGGUUUCUAGCAAGAUUGGAGAACGCCGAAGAUAAUGACAGAGAAGACAUCGGCAUUAGUUUCAACUUCUGGCAAAGAUAAGCCAUUGAUACCGAGCAUACAACUAGAGCUGUCCAACCCUGGCUGAACAUAUUGAAGCCAGAAUUGUGUUACUUCAAAAUAAUAACAAAUAAAUCGCGAGGAAUAAACGAUGAGAGUAAGGAAGAUAUUUCUUGGGAAAGUUGUUCUUGCAAUUGUAAGCUUGGUUUUCAUCGUCCUGUUGUGGAAAACUGAUGUGACAGUAGAACUACCUGGAAGUAAUUGGGAAAAGCUCUCCGUAGACCGAAACAGAUACGGUGAUGGCAAAAAUGCUGACGGUUCUUUCUUUUUUGAUGCUUGGAAGUUUCUUUUUGAACAUGGAAAAUGUGUUUCCUCCUUGAAAUACUGGACAGUUACCGCCAACUUCACUAUGAACGAUGUGCUAGAUAAACUGAAAAUAGCGUACAAUACGUGGAACCCUUCCGUUGGAAACAAAGCUAUCGUAAGUGAGAACAAUCAGAAACUUCCCGAUGACGUUCUAGAGGUUAUAGUUAUUCCACAUUCCCAUAAUGAUCCCGGCUGGAAAAAGACAUACCAGCAAUAUUAUGAGGACCAAACGCGCCAGAUUCUGUCUCUGAUCGUCGAAAAGCUGCACGAGUACCCGGAUAUGACAUUUAUCUGGGUGGAGAGCUGCUUUCUGGACACGUGGUGGGCAAACCAGACGGCAGACACCCAACAGAAGUUCCGGUCUCUCGUGAAGAGCGGGCGGCUGGAAAUCACUUCCGGUAUGUGGGUGGCGCCGGACGAGGCCUCCCCGCAUUACUUCGCCUUGCUAGACCAGAUGAUCGAGGGCCAUUACUGGGUAAAAAAGAACUUGGGAGUGGUGCCCGAGUCCUCGCUCAACUUUGACCAGUUCGGUUACUCCACCACGAUGCCGUAUUUGGUUAAGAAGGCGGGACUUAAGAACGUGCUAAUUAAGCGGAUACACCGAGCGGUAAAGGAGCUGUUUGGGAGCGAAAACAAGCUAAACUUCCAUUGGCGACAACUAUGGGACCCGGACGGUAAAGACGACAUAUUCGCCCAUGUUGAUACGUACGAGUGGAUGAGCAUCUCCGAUAGCUGUGGUCCUAACCGCGAGAUCUGCAACAAACUCGAUUUCCUGAACGAGCGUGACCUCCCGAUGGCCGACGCUCCAAAGGCACCUGCGCCGCCGGGAGCCAGGGUAAAUGCUGGCAGUCGAAAUAUGCAUGCCUUCACGCAGAUGUUAGUGGAACAGUUCCGGUUAAAGAAUGCCAACUACAAGUAUAAAGUAAUGAUGUUGCCACACGGAGGAGACUUCCGUUAUGACACGCCGUUUGAGUGGGAUAAGCAGUAUAGGAAUUUGAAGAGAUUUAUGAAAUAUGUCAAUGACAAUACUAAGUUAUAUAACGUUAAAAUGCGCUUUGGGACGCUGAAAGAUUAUUUUUAUGAAAUAGAGAGGCAGAAUAUGAAGUACGAUAUAAAGUAUCCGACGGUGACGGGUGACUUUUUCACUUACACGGAAAACACCGAGUACUGGACGGGAUAUUUCACUACCCGUCAGUUUGACAAGCGUCUGGGUCGGGAAGUGCUUGAGAGCCUGCGUGCUGCAGAGAUGUUCACGUCACUAGCGUUUACCUGUGACAUACCGUCCGAUGUCAGGAAGGAGAUGAUAGCUGGUCUCGUGAUUGCACGAAAGAACCUUGGCAUUUUUCAACACCACGACGCGAUUACUGGGACGUCACAGGAACAUGUGGCUAAAGACUACGAGGAACUACUGACGAUCGCGUUUUCGAAGACACAGCGGGUACUGUCCCUUGCGUUAGAGUGUUUGCUGAAGCCAACGAGGAAAUCAUUUAACAAUUUAAGUCCAAUGUUACGAAGAACAGUGCAUAAUGCACUUACAUUGAAAGUGCCAAUACCCGUACCACAUAGCGAAACGAAGCUGGUACUUAUUAAUUCGUUGACACAAAAUCGUCUGGAGUUAGUGACUCUUCCCGUUCAUUCAAGUAAUAUUUCAAUAUAUAACCAUUUAAACAAUGAAAUUGAAAUCGAUAUAGUAUCCAACAAAAAUGGGUUAUAUGAUAUUAGUUUUAUCGCUGAAUUCCCGCCUCUUAGUAUGUUGACGUACACCUUAAAGCAAGGUGCGAAGAAUAGAGCGCAAUCAGUGGAAGGGCAAUUAGCUCGCGAUGGACGCUUUUCCUUUGACACCGCAGGCGAUAUCAAGGGAAGUUAUUUCUGUGAAAACGACAUUCUCAAUGUGACGUUUUCCAAACUGACAGGCUCGCCUGUUAUGCUUUGUUAUAAGAAGCGCAACUUCUGUUUCAAUCUCCAGUUAGACUGGCGACACUACACGAGUUUCGGCGGCGCAUAUUCCAUGAUUUCCAAUGGCAACAACCAGCAGAUCAACUCAAAACAUUCCAGUGUAAAAUUUGUGUCAGGGAGGUUAUUUUGUGGUGUGGAGAUUACUCAUGAUGUGUUUUCAUAUUCCAUAUCAUUGACCAAUACAAAUAGUGCUAUCGGUCGGGCGUUACGUGUGAACAUUCUGAGUGACCUACUUUCCAUGCCGAAUUUUGUAGGAGAUCUCGCAAUGAGGGUUGUGUCUAACAUCAAUAGCAAUGGAACAUUCUUUGUAGACUCAAAUGGCUUCCAAAUGAUGGGUCGAAAAUACAGAACUAACAUACCGUUCGACGGCAAUGUUUAUCCAAUGUCGUCUAUGUCCAUUUUGGAAGAUUCGAAAAGACGAUUGGUUGUUCACUCCGCGCAGCCGCACGGGGUUAUUUCUUCUGGGCCCGGCGUGAUAGACUUCAUGAUAGACAGAAUAGCAACCAGGCCGGAAAUGGACAUGCCCGAACCAGUCAAGGACAAUAAACCUACACUCACUUCCUUUUACAUAGAGCUAUUGUCAUCUGAUGAAUUUGAACAUUCAGCAACACAUGAAACCACUUUACCAACCAUAAACAGCAUUUACCUGAACGAUUUACUUCAACACCCAGUCUAUGGGUUCUACGCUGAAGGCAGUCUCGAGGGGACUGCUACUGUACAAUCAUUCCUCAAGACACAACUCUCCUGUGACGUCAUACUAGCAAACGUGAAGAAUCUUGCCUAUUCUGGCAAUAACGUCUCGGAUGGGACGUCGUUAACCCUGUUUCGCCGGGCUGCUGGUUGCCAUGGCAAUGUUCAGGAUCUCUAUUGCCCAGUGACGAGCAAUAUUGACGUCAGACCAGGCUCGCUGUUGAAGUUUCCCGGUGUUAAACACGUUAAUAUUCGCGAAAUGUAUAUCUCGUUGUUGAUGGAGAAGGAAUCUCUUACAUCUCACCAAAGUGUUGAUUUAUAUCCCAUGGAUAUCAAAACAUUCCAAUUCACCUUCGAAUAGAUGUCCUAGAUGGGUCUAAAAUCGGCCCAUGUAUUGAAAGCUCUGAAUAUUGUUCCACUCAUGUGACCAAAGUUACAUCGGUUAAACUGUUUAUUGUAAGGCGCGUUUGUUGUGAAGAGUGUGUAACAGUUGCCGAACAUCAGUUACAUCGAACAUUUUCAAAGUUUCAUUUCAAAAAUCAGGUUUUCAGGGCGAUUUCAGAUCAUAGUGAUGUGGUAACAAUAGUUGCAAUUAGUUAUAACAGUAUAUUACACCUCACUAAAGUGAUGAUUUAUAUCCUAUGGAUAUUAAAACAUUCUAUUUUACUUACGAAAACAUGUGCCAUCCUUUGCAUACACUAUUGUAGUCUUAACCGCAGCGUAAAGUUUACAUUUACCUUGUGUUCACAGCAAAAAGUGAUAUUUUGUCCAAAUAUCGUUUUCUGUUAAAGAACCUUUCAUUAAAAAUGGUAUUUCAUUGGUAUUUCAAUAUUUCAAUGGUAUUUCAUUGGUAUUUAAUUGUUAUUUCAAUGUUUUAUUGGGAUUCGAUUGUUAUUUCAAUGGCAUUUCAUUGGUAUUUGAUUGUUAUUUCAAUGGUAUUUUAAUAUUUCAUUGAUAUUUGAUUGUUAUUUCAAUGGUAUUUCAUUGGAAAGGAAUGAACUGAAAUUUAGUUCUUUGAAUUGUUCAUUGAUUAUGUGAAAUUAACAACACAAUGUCCGAUCAAACUACAUAAUUUUGCGUAACGUAGUUAUUAUUUACGCGUUUAUUGCAUAUGCUAUUCUUUUUAUAUGUAUGAUUUGAAGAGGGUGUCUCGUCAGAAAGAGCAGGAAUCGUUUUAUAUACAUAUACUCAUUAUUGCUUUUAAUGUGCUACAGCAUCAUUCAUGCUAACAUUCAGAUUUCAUUUCUGUUCUUCUUUCCUGUGUUCAUAUUUUCUUUAUGCACUCCACAAAUAAAUUAAAGUAACCUGCACACAACUCUUGUAUUCAUGUAGACUUUAAUAUCACAUUUUUGCAUUUCUGUAAUCUUAGGAUUUUACAGCUGACUCAACAUGUAUUCAUGUAAAGUUUUAAUUCCAUUGCUGCAUAUUUACUCAUAUGUUAUAAAUUUGGGUUGUCAGUGUAAAGAAACAAACUUGGAGUAUUCCGAUACGGUUGAAGUGCUCUGAUAACAUCAGUUUGUCUCAACAUUGACACCAACCUCGGCUUGCGAGUUCCCUUAAAGUCGGCGAGUUUGAAAACAAACUUAGUUUGAAAGCCUUUUCCUGCGAAAUGCCCAAUUUCCACACAGAUUUCGACUUUCACAAAUCAGUCGUCGGGGUCAUGACAGUACAUAAAUAUAGUGUGUAUCUGGCUAGAUCAUCAAACAUAUCUACCAGGCGUCUAAAUUCCGUGACAUUGUUUGGCACGCAAAUGAUUUUUACUGCCUGAACCUGAUUAUCACUGACCUAUUUUCGCGAAUUAUAUGGUCAAAAUUUUCAAUUUGGUCUGUAUGAAGAAGCAUUUGUCUUUGUUUUUUUUCAGUGCCGAAUGUUCGAUCCGUUGUUGGACUCAAUUUUUUUAUCAUAUUCCUGCACGUUUUUACAAUGGACGACAUUGUCAUUGAUGAUGGCAUCAACACAUGGCAGACCACCCUAUGCUCAGAACUUUUUAGAUAUAUUUCUGAAGCUGACGCGAUGACGAACGGAACGCUUUAUAGUGUCUAUUGUCCAAAUUGGUUAUUAAAUGAUAUUACCAUUCAGAAACCACUCAUUGCAUCCAACUUUGAAAAGACUGUCAUGUUCGCCAGUUUCGGUGAAUCAUCGUCAAGAUAGUUUACCAUAUAUCGUUCUGUUAUCAUGUAUGCACAGCAAUCCGUUACGUUCUCUAUGGCACCGUUUUUUUAACAUGUCAUUAAGUGCUUUUUCACACUUCGGCAAGAAUGGAAAUGAUACAUUGCGGCACGCUGUAUUCACACUACACGGUCGCUAAAUUUCAACAGACUCGCAUUUCAUGGUACCCGCGAUCCUGAACGCAGUGACAAGUUCAUAGGCUUCACGCUUCAUGUCCCUCUGCACAGCAGACUAUUUUGAUCGUUUCCGGGAACCAUGAACACGCACAACAGAACCCUUUUAUCACCUCUGUACGUCAUAUCAAUGAAGUUACUCUUACAAUCAUUUCGAUCAAUUAUGAAACACCAAGAAUGAAGGCAUUAGCGCCGGGUGCUUUUUCAGCGAUACGCAUAUGGUCUCAGAAAUAUCUGUUACGUUUGCCACUGUAUCAAUUUUAAAUACAAUAUUUGUCAAAUACAAAUUGUCAUUUCGAUUUUCUACGAAUAUUUCUCGUAGGUGCAACAAUUUAUGGAACCUAAAUGGUAAACAUUGUUUUUUUUAUUGUUUUGGUCACUAUUUUUAUUGUCGCCUGUGAAAUCCAUAUUUGAUUCUACACAUUAUUCAAUAACACUUUUGCAACACAAUUCAAAACUAUUUAAAUUACAACCAUCCUGCAUUUGUACGCUGUAUCUGUACGCUGGACAUUUUCCCGAAGUUCCCCGUGACUGCGGAAUUGUGAAAGUUUCAUCACGUCGUUAACGUCGGAAACCUUGUUUGGAUUUUGGUUGGCCACAUCCGCCAACAGAUCUAGUUUUUGCUCCUUAAAGCUCAUCCAAUUUGGCAGGUCCAGUCGACUGCGCUCAAACCUGAAUCAGUACCAGUUUGCUAUUUUGAGACGCCUUUUCCCAAGGUCAGAUUGCCUUUUAACUGCAUUUUCACUGACAGUUAACUUGUUGACAGCUCCAAUAACUCCACAUCUGUAUUGAUAUUAACUUUAGCUCCCUGAGUUUACUCCUCAUCGAUAUUCAUGUUUACGUAUUAUCCAAUAGCCGUACUUACUCCAUAUCUAUAUUAAUGUUAACGAGAUAUCCAAUAGCUGCAUUUACUUCUCAUCUGUGUUUAUGUAAACGUUAUCUACAAUAGCUGCACUUACUCCACAUCUGUAUCCAUGGGUAAGUAAUAUCCAAUUGCUGCAUUUACUCCACAUCUGUGUUCAUGUUACCGUAAUAUAAAAUAGCUACACUUACUGCACAUCGAUAUUUAUGUUUACGUAUUAUUCAACAGCUGUACUCAAUUCACAUCUAUAUUCAUGUUUACGUAUAAUCCACUAGCUGCACUUACUCCGCAUCUAUAUUCAUGUAAUAUCCAAUAGCUGCACUUACUCCACAUCUAUAUUCAUGUAAUAUCCAAUAGCUGCACUUACUCCACAUCUAUAUUCAUUUAAUAUACAAUAGCUGCACUUUCUCCUCAUCUAUAUUCAUGUUUACGUCAUAUCCAAUAGCUACACUUUCUCCUCAUCUAUAUUCAUGUUUACGUCAUAUCCAAUAGCUACACUUUCUCCCCAUAUAUAUUCAUGUUUACGUCAUAUUCAAUAGCUGCACUUUCCCCCCAUCUAUAUUCAUUUAAUAUCCAAUAGCUGCACUUUCUCCUUAUCUAUAUUCAUGUUUACGUCAUAUCCAAUAGCUGCACUUUCUCCCCAUAUAUAUUCAUGUUUACGUCAUAUUCAAUAGCUGCACUUUCCCCCCAUCUAUAUUCAUUUAAUAUCCAAUAGCUGCACUUUCUCCUUAUCUAUAUUCAUGUUUACGUCAUAUCCAAUAGCUGCACUUUCUCCUCAUCUAUAUUCAUGUUUACGUCAUAUUCAAUAGCUGCACUUACUCCACAUCUAUAUUCAUUUAAUAUCCAAUAGCUGCACUUUCUCCUCAUCUAUAUUCAUGUUUACGUCAUAUCCAAUAGCUGCACUUUCUCCUCAUCUAUAUUCAUGUUUACGUCAUAUCCAAUAGCUGCACUUUCUCCCCAUCUAUAUUCAUGUUUGCGUCAUAUCCAAAAGCUUCACUUACUCCACAUCUAUAUUCGUCUUAACUUAAGAUCUGAUAGCUCAUUUCACAGCUAUAUUCAUGCUUAAUUAAGUUCUUAAAGCUGCAGUUACUCCACAUCUAUAUCCAUGUAAACGUAAUUUCUAAUAGCUCCACUUACUCAGCAACUAUAUUCAUGUUCACGUAAAAUCCUAUAGCUGCAUUUACUCCAAAUCUGUGUUCAUUUUAACGUAACAUACUAUAGCUGCACUUUUUCACACCUUUAUUCAUGUUUAUUUAUAAUCCAAUAGCUGCACUAACCCCACAUCUGUUUUCAUGACUUUGAGAUAUCACUGCUGCCCAUCGCUUUACUUACCUCCACUUAAUACACAGUAUAUGUGUAAACCACAUAUGAAUACGUAUAAUGUUUAGAUAUAGAUAGAUGUUUAUUUGUAUAUGAGAUGUAUGUAUAUUCAGGUAGAGUAAUCCGGUUAUGAAGGUAGACUCUUACAAUCACAACUUACUUUUCAAUAGUUUUACUGGCAAACAUUCAGGGCAUUAGUUAUAAUUGGCUUGUUAAGAACCUAUUUUUUCAUUUUUCUGUUUUUUUUUUGCAUAAUAUGUGUCGUAUUUGUUUAAUGUUGUCUGCUAUAAACGUUUUUUUUGUUUUUUAAAAUGAUAUUUUAUUAAAAAAUAUUA